AUGUGUGAUGGUGAUAAUCUUUCAAAUUAUCGUUCUACAGUUGAUUUGCCAAGUGAAAGUGAUAUUGUGAUAAUCGGAUCUGGAUUUGCUGGCUCAUCUUGCGCGUAUUAUCUUUAUAAAAAUGCUGAUUUGACUAAAAAUCCGUUAAAAAUAACAAUGAUUGAAGCUCGAGAGACAUGUUCAGGUGCAACAGGACGUAAUGGUGGUCAUUUGAAGCCUGAUGUUUAUUAUUCAUACAAACGAUAUUCCAAUAAAUAUGGUCAACAAAUUGCUGAAACAUUAAUGGAAUUUGAAGCAAAACAGAUUGAUGCAAUGUCAAAAUUAGUAUCUGAAGAGAAUAUUGAAUGUGAUUGGACGGUAACACGAGCUUGUGAUGCAUAUAUUGAACCUGAAAUAGCCGCAGAGGCUAAAGCAUCAUAUGAACAACGUUGUGCUGAUGGUGGAAAUGUUAGUGAUAUUCAUGAAAUUCCUCCUGGCGAUUAUCUCUCUAUGAUUCGAGUGAAAAAUGUUUUGUAUGGUGUGACAUUUACAGGUGCUAGUAUUCAUCCGUAUAAAUUGGUUCAUCAUCUUUUGAAUAAAUGUGUUGAAAAAGGUAUGAAUUUGCAAACAAAUACUUGUGUUUCAAGCGCAACUCGUCUUCCGUCUGGUGAAUGGUCGAUUGUGACUUCAAGAGGUACAUUAAAAGCAUCAAAGGUGAUCUUUGCUACAAAUGCAUACACGGCUGGUAUUGUUCCAGUGCUAAAUGACAAGAUUGUUCCGAUUCCUGGUACUGUAUGUCGAAUUAUUCCAUCCAUAAAUUACAUGUUGUCACCUUUGGAAAUGACUUAUUCAAUCCGAUCUAAUGGACAUAAUUUCGAUUAUAUGAUACCUCGUCAAGUUGGUGAUCGAUCAAUUAUUCUAGGUGGUGCAAAACGAACUUAUAUGUAUAAUAGGAAAAUCUUUCACAAUAAUUGUGAUGAUUCCAUGGAAUUUAUUAAUGAAAAAAGUAAAAUGUAUUUAGAAGAAUUUAUGCCAAAACAUUUUCAUAAUUGGGGAAACGAUCAAAAUGGAUGCAAGCAAAUGUGGACAGGAAUACUUGGUUUUACCUCUGAUUUACUACCAUUUGUUGGAGAAUUACCUGAUCAAUCAAAUGGAUAUGUCAUCGUAGGAUUCAAUGGACAAGGCAUGCCCAGAAUUUUACUUUGUGCUCGUGCAUUGGCUGAUCUCGUAUUAGGAAGAAUAGACAAGAUUGAAGAACUAAUUCCAGAACCAUAUAUAAUAACCAAGAAUCGAUUAGAAACGAAAGAAAAUUAUCUUUUAGAUCGUAUGGCUAUUCAGUCUGAUUUAACACAUACUUCUUAA